CUCAUCUUUUGGGCGACGUCCAGCAUUAUUGCUAACUAAACCCGUAACGUCCAGCGCCUAUCACCCCCCACCACCCCCAAACCAGAUCACUGUUGGAUGUCUAUAGAAUGAAGAACUAUGGGUCUGUUUGAUAGAGGUGUUCAGAUGCUCUUAACCACCGUGGGGGCAUUUGCAGCAUUUAGUUUGAUGACAAUUGCUGUGGGCACAGACUACUGGUUAUACUCUAGAGGGGUCUGCAAGUCCAAAUCCAUAAGUGAAAAUGAAACCAGCAAAAAGAAUGAAGAAGUCAUGACCCAUUCUGGAUUGUGGAGAACAUGUUGCCUUGAAGGUAAUUUUAAGGGCGUGUGCAAACAGAUUGAUCACUUUCCAGAGGAUGCAGAUUAUGAAGCAGAUACUGCCGAAUAUUUCCUCCGGGCUGUGAGGGCUUCCAGUAUAUUCCCAAUUCUCAGCGUCAUCCUGCUCUUUAUGGGAGGGCUCUGCAUUGCAGCCAGUGAAUUCUACAAGACCCGACAUAACAUCAUACUGAGUGCUGGCAUCUUCUUUGUAUCUGCAGGCUUAAGUAACAUCAUUGGGAUCAUUGUCUACAUAUCAGCCAAUGCUGGUGACCCUUCCAAGAGUGACUCCAAGAAAAACAGCUACUCAUAUGGAUGGUCCUUCUACUUUGGGGCUCUCUCCUUCAUUAUUGCAGAAAUGGUGGGGGUUUUAGCAGUCCACAUGUUUAUUGACCGACACAAACAGCUGAGGGCCACUGCACGGGCCACGGACUACCUCCAGUCCUCUGCAAUCACGCGCAUCCCAAGUUAUCGCUACCGCUAUCAGAGGCGCAGCCGCUCCAGUUCUCGGUCAACGGAGCCAUCACACUCCCGUGAUGCCUCCCCUGUUGGGCUCAAGGGCUUCAAUACCCUACCAUCCACUGAAAUCUCCAUGUACACGCUGACCCGCGACACCCUAAAGUCGGCUGGGACCCCCACUGCCACUUAUAACUCGGAUAACAGCUUCCUCCAAGUUCAUAACUGUAUACCCAAAGAUAACAAGGACUCUGUGCAUACCAACACAGCGAACCGCAGGACCACCCCAGUAUGAAAAAGGAUGGAAGAGAAAAACAGGGGGAUAAAAGAGAACAGAGGGUCAGAAUGUUAAAGCAGUAUGGUCAAGUCAGAAGGAUCUGUGUAUCAAGCUUUGUCUGUGAAAUAAACAUUUUUGCUUCUUAUUUAGGCCCCUCAUCUGGCCUUUUUUAAAUAGGGCUCAAAAAACUGAAACUACCCAUUUGCAAAGUGCUAAAAUCAAUUCAUUAAGUAUUUUUCUAGUCUAAAUUUUAGCCAGUUCAUUUUAGGUUCUAUGUUUUGAACUUAGAAAGUGCCCAUUCUCUAAUAUUCUAAAACACAUGGGACAACAAGUAUUAAAUUAGGUUCUACGAUUCUCACAGGGGACUGAGGUUAAAAAUUCUGAACGUUCCAUGUCUCCAAAUUGCCAAAAUGCCUCCAUUCAGCUGACAAUUGAGAACAAAAUGCUGUUUCCAGCUAACAUAGAUCAAUGGGAAGUUUCAGAACACCAAGAGAAUGAGUCUGAUACACAGAUCCAGUAGCAUUACAGGCAGUGCUUACCCUUUGUAAAACCUCCUCAAAACAAUACCAGGUAUUGUUUUAUGUUGUUUUUUCAUUUGUUUGUUUUUUUGUUUUGUUUUUUCUUUUGUAUUUCUUUACUUUCUGCAUUGUCCUUGGAAAUCUAAACACCUUGAGGCCCGUGGCAAUGCUAAAAUCAUAGAAAGCAAAUUGGAAAACCCAAAUUAAUUUUCUGGUCUUUAAAAUCUGGUCUUAAACGCCCAGUCUAUUAAUGCAUUCUAGCAUUUGAAUAUCUCACAUAAUGAAAAAAAAAAA